GGCGUCCUUUGCGCAUUGUCGUCACUGAAGUGUCGCCCCGUGAGGGUUGUAGCUGUUUGUUGAUCUCAGGAAGUAAAGAUGGCGGGUACAACCCCCUAACGUAGGCUGGAAAAUAACGAAGACAGGACGGACUUUGGAAUAUAGUACUGCACUUUUGUGGAAUUCGUUGUCUGGUAGGAAGUGAGGAGAAUUUUUCAGAAUGGCAGCGGCAAGUGACAUGCGAGCUGGGGAUCCGGAGGAGGAUGCUUCUCAACUUGUGUUUCCUAAAGAGUUUGAGAAUGCAGAGACCUUACUGAAUUCAGAGGUUCACAUGCUGUUAGAGCAUCGGAAGCAGCAGAAUGAGAGUGCAGAAGAUGAGCAAGAGCUCUCUGAGGUCUUCAUGAAAACUUUGAACUACACUGCCCGUUUCAGCCGCUUCAAGAACAGAGAAACCAUUGCAAGUGUCAGAAGUUUGUUGCUGCAGAAAAAGUUACACAAGUUUGAACUGGCCAGCUUGGCUAAUCUGUGCCCAGAAACUGCAGAGGAAGCCAAAGCCCUCAUUCCCAGCCUUGAAGGCAGGUUUGAAGAUGAAGAACUUCAGCAGAUAUUGGAUGACAUUCAGACAAAGAGAAGCUUCCAGUAUUAAGGAUGACCUGAUGGCUUUCUCUUGUUUUGGAUUUCUAUUCCAGAUUAAAAUGUCUUUUUUAAGACAUUUUGAAAUCAUCUGAAAUGUAAAAUGACUGCAUGUAGUGUCUCACGUGUUACAGACUUGGAACCAUAAAAUAUCCGCUUUACAUGAUAUUGUUUUCCUGGUUCUGUUCUUAACCAAGUGAAAGGCUUUUGGAGAAUAAGUUUCAAAACCGUGAGUAAACUCAGCAGUCCACAGUGGAGUCCACAAGACUGUGAUUGUAGUCUGUUCAGAACCUUGCUAAGUGCCAACACCACCUUCGCUGGCCCCUUGCUGAAAGUUUAUAACUUUUAGAUUUGACACUGUCCAAUAUGGUUGUUGGUAAUAGAGGUGGGGGGGGUUGAAGCUUCCAGCACAGUGAAUGUGGGGGACCUUUGUCCUGUGUUUAAAAAAAAAUAAAUAAAAAAUAAAAAAAAUGCUGACGUUUUCAAAAAA